CCAUCAUGACACAAAAAAGGACAGAGGGUGUUGGAUCUUUCCAUUCCUUGCUUUCAAUGGGCGAGGAAAAGCCAGACACGCUGGACUUCGUGAAGGAUUUCCAGGAGUAUCUGAGCCAGCAGACCCAGCAUGUCAACAUGAUAUCAGGCUCCGUCAGCGGCGUCAAGGAGGCGGAUGAACUACCGGCUGAAUGCAGUCAGAAUGGGCUGGAUCACCCGACGGUGGACAUGAGCCUUGACGACAGCUCGGCGUUGUUGGUGGACGGUUUUGAGAGGACGUUUGACGGCAAACUCAAGUGCCUGUACUGCAACUACGCCACCCGAGGCACGGCGAGACUAGUCGAGCACAUUCGAAUGCACACAGGAGAGAAACCUCACCGCUGCCACAUGUGCCCGUUCGCCUCGGCCUACGAGCGCCACCUGGAGGCCCACAUGCGCUCUCACACGGGCGAGAAGCCGUACAAGUGCGAGCUGUGCUCCUUCCGCUGCAGCGACCGCAGCAACCUGUCGCACCACCGCCGCCGGCGCCACAAGCUGGUCCCGAAGAAGGACGCCCGCUCGCUGUCCCACAAGAAGAUGCUGAGCGUGCUGCAGAAAAAAGCCGGGUCCAUCAGCUACGGCCGCCGCCUCCUCAUCGCCUCGUGCUCUCCUUCCGUGAUGGCGCCUGGGGCCGACGACGACGUCGACGACUGCUCCCGUGAACUUCCGCGGGGGGUUGAUGACGACGGCGCGGGCGAGGAGGACGCUCAAACUUUCCAUCAUUCCAACCUGAUCAUGGACAACCCCCUCAACCAGCUCUCUGUCCUGGCCGGCCAGCGUGCCAGCCUCCCUUCUUUGUUCCAGCCUCCCGGGUCCCCAGAAACUGAAUCCGUCGCGGAUGAGAAGCCCCUCCUGAUCCAGCACCCACCCGCCUCCUCCUCCUCCCCGGUCACCCCCGAACCGCGCGCCCCCCCUCCACUCAGCAACUGCAGCUCCGCAGGCGGACCCUGCAGCGAACACAGCGGCCGCACCAGCACCCCGAGCGUGUCCAACAGCCAGCCCGGCACGCCGGCCCCCGGCCAGUCGGCCCCCCUGCGCGACCCCCGCCGCGUGCCGCAUCUCUGCCAGCACUGCGACAUCUACUUCCCCGACAACAUCCUCUACACCAUCCACAUGGGCUGCCACGGCUACGAGAAGCCAUUCCAGUGCAACAUCUGCGGCCACAAGUGCAGGAGCAAGUACGACUUCGCCUGCCAUUUUGCUCGCGGUCAGCACAAGUGACAAUUUUUCAGAACUUUACAGGAGUUCUAUUUAUUUUUUUUUUCUCCUCCCUUGGCCUUGAUGUAGCAUCGAUCCUUCCAGAAAGAUGUCAGAAUUCAGAUGGUACCCUUGUCCAUGAUCGCUCAACAUUUUUCACAAGCGGAAGGAGUCAUAGCGCCACUUAUGUAACGCUACGAUUCAUAGUUUUUAAAAUUUAUUUCAUUUUACUGGGGAAAAAGUUGCAAUAUUACGACAUUAACUACAGCAAAAAAAUUGAGAUUUUACACAUAAAAUGUCUUGCAGAUUACACAUAUAUUGUCACAAUAUUCCAAAAAAAUGUUAGCAUUUUACAAGAUUAAAGUUGUAGCAUGAGAAACAAGAUUUAAUAUUAAAAAUAUAAUCUAUAAUAUGACAAGAAUCAACUCAUACAUAAUAGGAAAGUGCAAUAUAACACAAAUACAGUAAAAAAAAUUUAUAUAAAAACAAUGAAUCUGAAUAUCUCCGGUAUAAACUAAAAAGAUUGAGAAACACCACAUUUUAAAACAUCAUAAAAGUCUUUAAAAUACGAUGAUUAAAAAUACACAACGAAAAUUUAUUCACUAUCUAACAAGUUUAGAAGUUCAAAUUUCACCAGAGAUAAAGAUCGAUUAAAAUAAAAUAAGUUUCUCAUAAAAUGAGAAAGGUAAGAAUUUUUAAAAAUGAAAAUAUACAUUUUGGUGUGGAUCAAAUAUUGCAGUAAAUUGGUAAUUAUUUUCAUAAACAAGCAUUAUUGUGCAAACAUUUUCUGUGGGAAAAAUAUCUCAUAAUAUUGUAACUUAUCCAUGGAAAAAAAAUACUUCUCCCAACUCUUUUUUUUUU